ACAGGCUCUGUGUGGAUGCAUAUUUAUAGGUAGUCUGGACACACUGUGUAAAGGUCUUCCCAUUCCUGACUUGCUAUUGUCGCUAAUCUUUUCAUCUAAGGUAUCAGAAGAGAUGUUCUACUUACAGGGUUCUCAGAUGCUCCAGGUUCUGGAGAACUCCCUGAGGAAGCACCUGCCUGAGACCUUAAAGGUUUAUGGGACUGUCUUCCACAUGAAUCAGGGAAACCCAUUCAAGCUGAAGGCUCUGGUGGACAAGUGGCCUGAUUUUAAUACUGUUGUUAUUCGACCUCGGGAGGAGGACAUGGAAGAUGACCUUGACCACUACACCAACACUUAUCUAGUCUACUCUAAGGAUCCCGAGAAUUGUCAGAACUUCCUCAGCUCAUCAGAAGUCAUUAACUGGAAACAACAUCUACAGAUUCAAAGUUCACAGUCAAGCCUGGACAAAGUGAUAGAAAAUCUUGGAGCCAUUAAUUUGGGCAAGGUCAAGCAUACACAGUGCUUUCUCUAUAUGGUACUUGAAACAGCAAAGAAACUGGCUCCUUCCUUGAUGGACGUGAAUAACUUAGUGCGCAGAAGUGACAAUACCAGGCCCAUAUCAGCUCACAAGGUGCUUCGUCAGAGUCCUGGAUAAAUCACUUGAAUAAAAGUCACCAAUGCGCAAGAUUCACAUUUAUUUUACUCAUAGCACUCAUGAGUAUUUGAAACUAGUUAAUUUAUUCUACAGAUUUGAUAUUUGAUUCAUCCUCUACCAAUAAUGAAAACCCUGCAAGAGUUAGGAUCAUCAGGAGCUGGCACACGGUGGGUUUUAAACCAAUGUAUGUUCAGUGAAAUCUCUUCAUGCAACAACUGAAUCCUAAUAAAAAU